GUGAACUCGGUGCCUUCACCUAAAUAUGUCCUUUCGUCCUGCCGUCUCUGUCUAUUCAUGUACUUCUGAUCUUUUUGCUUUUUGGUGUGUCUCUCUUCGUUCAUGUUCCCGCCUCUACUUGUGAUUCAUGUGUAUGGGAAUACCCUCAUCUCAUGAGAUUCGGGGCCAUGAACGCCACAUAAGCUAUUGAUCCACUUACACAUCAGAAGCAUUCGCCGCGCGCCCCCGGCCCAUGCCUGGUUGUUGGUCUGAAGUGAUUAGACGGCUGCCUUACCUAUAUGCUUUCCGGCGCGCAUAAUUCUAUUUGACAGAGUCCGUGGACCCAAAGAUCUACCGAGUAGGAACGAUUCGAUUAAUAGUCGCACAUCUGCGAACACAACUACGAUAUACCUUUCUCGUUUUACGCGACACCCAAGUCGGUUUACAUUAACCUCCUUAGGUUCGGUUUCCACCAUCCCGGAGUCGAAUAUUCUGGUCGAAGUAGUAGCAUAUACACCUUAUAGCUAGCGUCGUACGACAACGUUAGUAUUGAGAUUUUACAUCGACGAUUAAAAUCUAUUAAGUAUCCCCAAGGAUUGGGUCGAUAUAGAGAUAAUCUCAACAUGGCAAACAACACGAUAGCAGCCUUACGUGGCGGGUGCCCCGCGCCCUUUUUCAAUGAGCUCAUGUUCCCUGCGGUUGGAGGACACGUGGAUGGCCGGUUAUGCGCGCCCUUUGCGACCUUGAAUUGUUGUGUACCUUGCCCUAUGACAGACUGGGCUUACCCAGAUAAUUUCACGACGGCAACGACGGCAGCAAACUGGGUCAAUGUUGUUGGCAUGAUUUGCUGUGCUUUUCUCUUGAUUUCCUGGAUUGUGCUUCCCGUCGAUAAGACACAUCGCCACUAUCUAAGUAUCAGUCUCGCCUGCGCCGUUGUUCUCAUGAAUUUGGGCUUCAUUAUUCCUUUAGCGGCUAAACCAGAGCAAUGUUAUAACGAGAUCACUCCGCACGGGAUGGAUACGAGUUCCGUAUGCGCCGCCUCGGGUUCUUUCUUGCUGGCCGGUGGCUGGGCCGGUAUCAUGUGGGUUUUCUUACGAGCGCUUUCCCUGCAUCUUCAGAUCUGCUGGCAAUUAGUCGUGGGCCGGAAUUAUAUGUGGUUUUCUCAAGUGCUUGGUUGGGGUAUACCCAUCAUCGGCCUCAUCAUCCUCCUUGUCUUCAGCGGAGUUUCGUUCCGCUUUGGGGCUACGUGCCAUAUCAACCACGAGAACAGUUUGGCCGAUUUCUGGAUUCCGCUGCUGGUAUUUGCAGGCCUCACCGUUAUCAUUCAAUUCGCUACCUUCGGAUACUGCAUUAAGGUCUACCUCGCAUCUCUGACUGACAAUAGCGCCACAACCGAAAACUCUGGCAUGCCCUCUUACUCAAACAGCAUCCGCACUAUGACUCCUCGUCAGGCAUACCGAAGAAUACGUCGCGUUAUCCAACUUCAAUGGCGUGGCAUCGCCAUCGUGCUCGUUAUUAUCGCAGAUGUCAUCUUCUUCGCCGUUAUCUUUGUCUUCAUAGAUAACACUGUGGAAUCAAUUAGAACUCAUCCCGACAAGGCGUUGACUUGGGCGGCCUGUCUAAUCCAAUCCGGUGGUGAUAAGAAUACAUGCUUAUAUUUAGCAAAUGAAUUAGUAGUCAGUCUUCCGACUGUCACGGCGGUCUUGAUACUUCUAGCGAUGAACGGCAUUUGGCUGCUCUUACUACUCGGCCGCUGGUCAAUGGUUACUGGCUGGCUCGACUUAUUCGGAUCAUACACUGGUACACGUACCAAGAAAGAAUUUGUGUCUGUUGAUGCUCGGAUGGAUAUUAAGCAGGACCCCCGGUCUUAUGAAAUGUUGUCUCGCGAUUCCGGAAAGACAGACACCAUGCUGACGCCAAUUAGCUCGACAAUGUCGCCGACCUCGCGAGGUGGACGCCAGACGCCGGAUUACUUCGGACAAACGGCACGAUACCAACCACACCAGCGAUCGUUCUCUUCACCAAGACCGCCGCAACAGUUGCAGUGGGAAACGACACAAGAGUACCGAGACUCGUAUCCAUUACCAUCGAUGCCUGCGCAAUCGCACGAGUAUGAAAACAUGAACCCACUAGGGAUGAACAGAAUACAGAGAGACGAAGAAGAACGAUACGCGGCUCCGAGAUCUCAAUAUACCCAGCCUGGAGCACCCGAUUAUAAUCGCGACCAUGUUUUCAUCUAAGCAAACCCAUUUUAUUUAAGCAGGCUCCCUGCAUAACAACUAUCACGUAAAUUUUUUCUUUUGAUGUUACCAUAUCAAAACGGCUCAGUGCCUUAAACAUAUGGUGUUUUGAGGCUUAAAGCGCGGCGUCCCGGGAUUGGACGGAUUUUGUAUCGAUAAAAUCACUCUUUACCCUAGAGGCGUGAUCGACUGCAAAGGAUAGGCAGGGCAUCGGAAAAUUUAGGAAGAUAUAUACCCCAGAAGAGAGGGGGUGCCUCGGGGAAGAAGCAGCGAGGCAAAAUGGUACAACUAAAAAAUAAGUAUUCAUAAUGUAGACACCGGGUUCAGGGGAGGAGAGAUGGCGGUAAGCCGGCUGGCUGGCAGACAUGUCUCAUGCCUUGCCUUUGAUGUCUAGAAUAAAGUAUUAUCAUGAAAGCUGACCAGGAGACGAAGUUAUGCAGUGAUGCCAAAUUCGUUUCUUUAAGCACUUGGCUUGUUAGCUUUGGAUAAGUGGUUUAUAUCAGUCUAAAUCAAUAAAAUGGGCUAUCCGCCCCAGUUUGACUUUUA